UCAGAACGUAACGAAUGCCGUCCACACAGAACCGACGAUGCCUACCUGCUAAGAUUCUUACGAGCCCGGAAAUUCGUAGUGCGCUCGGCGCAUAGACUGCUAGUUCGUAACUGCACUUUCAAAGAAAAAUACCCGUCGCUCUAUAACGGGGUGGAUUUAUGGGGGAUGAAGAAAGUGGGCGGUGCUUAUGAGGGUACCUUGCUCGAUCGACCGGAUGUAGGAAGACUCUCUAUAUUAAGAUUUGGAACAUGGGACCCAAGUGAGUUUCCUGUGGAAGACCUAGUCAAGGCUGGUCUGGCGAUUACUGAAAUUGGUCUGCGGUCGCCGAAGAUGCAGAUCCUAGGCGGCACAAUCAUUGUAGACCUGGAAAACAUCACGUUGCGACAUGUCGCCACUCUCACGCCCACUGUCGCUUAUCAAAUCGUUGCUCUGAUGGGGGCAGCAAACCCAACAACAGCCAAGGCGCUCCACAUCAUAAACUACUCCUGGAUCUUGAACACUUUCUUCUACCUCUUCAAGCAGUUCAUACAUCGUGACGCGAUGAGGAAAAUCUUUUUCCACGGAUACGACCUUAAGUCUUUGCAGAAACAUAUCGAUUUGGAAUGUCUACCUGAAAGAUACGGAGGGGUGUGUGGGGGCAAAACACCAACUUAAUGUCCCAAAAGUCAU